GGGCCGCCCCUGCUCCGGGCGGGCUUGAAAUACCACCGGUGGGGUCAGCGCUGCGCAGUGCCCUGGCUCCCCGCACCAUGGGUGGCAAGAAAGUCUGCGUCGUGGGUUCUGGCAACUGGGGCUCGGUCAUCGCCAAGAUCGCUGGCAGCAAUGCGGCGCGGCUGAGCACCUUCGAGAACCAGGUGAACAUGUGGGUGCUGGAGGAGGAGGUGGGGGGCCGGCGGCUCACUGACAUCAUCAACACGGAGCACGAAAAUGUGAAGUACUUGCCAGGGUACAAGCUGCCCCCCAACGUGGUAGCAGAGCCAGACCUGCUGAAAGCCUGUGCUGGGGCUGACAUCCUCCUGUUCGUGGUUCCCCAUCAGUUUAUCGGCAAAGUCUGCGACCAGCUCAAGGGCCACGUGAAGAAAGAUGCUGUCGGGGUGUCGCUCAUCAAGGGGGUGGACGAAGGACCAGAUGGGCUGAGGCUGAUCUCAGACAUUAUCCAUGAGAAACUGGGAAUAGAGAUAAGCGUCCUCAUGGGGGCCAACAUUGCUAGUGAAGUGGCAGAAGGGAAGUUCUGUGAAACAACCAUCGGCUGCAAGAACACGCAGCAUGGGCAGACGCUGAAGGAGCUGAUGCAGACACCGAACUUCCGGGUGACGGUGGUACAGGAGGCUGACACCGUAGAGAUCUGUGGGGCUCUCAAGAACGUUGUGGCUGUAGGAGCUGGUUUCUGUGAUGGGCUUGGCUAUGGAGACAACACGAAGGCUGCCGUGAUCCGUCUGGGACUGAUGGAGAUGAUUGGCUUUGCCAAACUCUUCUGUAAGGGCCCCGUCACCUCCUCCACUUUCCUGGAGAGCUGUGGGGUCGCUGACCUCAUCACUACUUGCUAUGGUGGCCGCAACCGCAAGGUGGCUGAGGCUUUUGCCAAGACUGGGAAGUCUAUUGAGCAGCUGGAGAAGGAGCUGUUGAAUGGGCAGAAGCUGCAAGGUCCCCCGACAUCUGCUGAGCUGCAUCGCAUCCUUAAAAGCAAGAAUGCAGUGGAGAAGUUCCCCCUCUUCACAGCUGUGUAUCAGAUCUGCUACGAGGGCAAACCUGUUACUGAUAUCAUCAAGUGUCUCCAGAACCACCCUGAGCACAUGUAAGCGGGCUCUGCCUGCAAAACCACUGGUCCUGCCGAGAUGAGCGGAGAGCUCCUGCCCACACCAACUUGCUCUGCUGCUACAGCUUUGCAAGGAGUCCAGAUUUCCUGGGAGCCUUUGCAGAGUGCUGGAAGGGCAGAGGUUCCCCUUCUCAGCCCUGGACACUGCCAGCCUAAGCCUGGCAUCUGCACAGAGGUACCUGCUGAUCUCCCUCUCUCUUUGAAGGGCUCAUUUAGCUUCUGCUGCUGUCUAGGGUCUGCCCUGAGUGGGGCUGAGCGUCUUCCUCCUUUCACUUUCUCUUGCCGUGAUGGAUUCAGUUCUCGGAGGGUCUCUGACAGGUCAUCUUGAUCAAUACCAGCUGUGCAGGAGGCACUGCCUGGGAGGACAAGCUUUGCUAUUAGCCCCGUGGGGCCACUUUGCAUGAUACCAGCCCUUUCCUGCUUGCUGCUGUUGCUUUUGGCUUAACUGUCUUGUGGAGAGGGCACAGUUCCCUGCCAGGCUCCACCAGGGUGAGUGAAGCUCCUCAGGACUUUCAAAGGGGCUGAGAGUCGCUCUUCUUUCUAAGAAGCACCAGCACAGAAAAUAGCAUUCUUUGCCACCCUGCCAUAUGCUGCUUCCCCAGCCACCACCAGCUGCUCCUGCCGAAUGGUACGGCCGAUGCUUUGUGUGUGAGGGCAGCUCCAGAGUGAGACUUUAGAGCUUGUUUAUUUAGAUUAUUUUCCUCUUGCAAUCAAACCUGGCCUCUGCACCCAGGGAACUUCCCUGUUGUCACAGAUUUGUGUGUGCUAAUUCCAUGCCCCCUGACUGUCCCUGGACAGCCUUUUUCCCUCGUAUCGGUUUGUCCUCUGGCUGGCUUUGGCAAUGCAGGGACCAACUGCCCCAGUCUUUCUGAGCAGCUGGCAGGCUGUGUAACCCAUGUCAGUGUACCUGACAAAGCAGUUGGGUCAUGUUGCUUUUAGACGAAUGAUCUACGCAGCUUUUUGCCUUCUCUCUGGCUUGCUCCAGCCUGUGCCUUAGCACGGUCUUUGCUUCUACGUGUGGCUUUCUAGAAGCUGAGAAAGCAGGUUCCACACUUACUUUCCCUGCUGCCCCUCCUGUGAGGGUGCUAGAAACUGCCCACUAGCACACAGGGCGGCAAUGGACAUGUGAUCCACAAGAGGUACAAGGAGACCUCCAACAUCACAGGAGAGGACAGAGGUCUCAUGCUUCGUGCUGUGCCUUUGAAACUUGCCCCUUGUCCAGCCAGGUACCACGUGCCUCUCUGGUCCUCUGAAGCUGGCUCACUGCACUCAUGUUUGCUCAGGCCAGCGUGUCCAGCGGUUCACUGAUCCCUGUCUGGGCUGGCAGGCUAGAGCUGCUGCAAGUCUUGCUGUCUGCCCCUGUUCCAAGUCCUAGUGCUGCUGGGUCUCUGAGUAUCAGUGUACUUUAUGAAUGUUUAAAAUAAUAAUAAACUUGGAGAAGAGA